UUUUUUUUUUUUUUUGGCCCUCCUCUUCAGUCUUUCAUUCGCCUGCCUCGAUUCGCCUCUCAACAACACCCGGCAAAAGUACGUCUGGACACUUUCAACUCGGACAUGUGAAGGGAAAAGUGUUGAAAAAAGUGUCUUUGUCGGUGGACCGACAAGUACACUAUUUAAACCAACAGUGAACGAAGCGGAGGAAAACACCAAAAAAGUGAAAGAGUUUGAAAGUCAGUUUUAACGCCAAACAUCCCUUGGCGUUUUUUCCUAUCGCGGGGAUUUAAGGAAAACUAUGCAGACAGACUGGAUUAUGGAUUAUGAAGAUUGCCCUGAAUAACUGCACGAUUACACCCACUUCCAUGCACCUUUGCUAAAUCCAUCUCAUCUCAUCUGCUCACACCCUUGUGUUUCGCACUACUGCUGAAAGAUGUUGUCCAGGCUGAGUGAGUGGUUCUGGAAUGAGAGGCUGUGGUUUCCAGGCGACCUGGGUUGGGCCGAUCUGGAGGAUCGCGACGGUCUCACUUACGCCAAGACAUCUGACCUCUGGGUGACCCUGCCCAUCGCUCUUGCCUUCCUCAUUAUACGACAGAUCUUUGAGAGGACGUUGGCCAUACAAAUGGCUGCAGCUUUGGGUGUAAAGGAGAAAAUCAGAGUGCGAGCGACGCACAACCCCACGCUGGAAUCAUACUUCAGAAUCACAAGUAAAAAUCCCAAACAGAGCGAAAUCGAGAGUUUAGGUAAAAAGACCGGGUACUCAGAGCGACAGAUCCUCAGAUGGUUCCGGCGACGAAGGAAUCAAGAGCGACCCAACAAGCUGAAGAAGUUCAAAGAAGCCAGUUGGAGAUUUACCUUUUACCUUCUUGCUUUCAUUGCUGGCCUUGCUGCACUUAUUGACAAACCUUGGCUCUACAAAAUGGAGGAGAUGUGGGCAGGGUUUCCAAUGCUGACGCUGCUGCCUUCUCAGUACUGGUACUACAUGAUUGAACUAGGCUUUUACAUGUCACUCCUCUUCAGCGUAGCAUCAGAUGUCAAGCGAAAAGACUUUAAAGAACAAAUAGUGCACCAUGUUGCCACCAUCCUGCUAAUUAGUUUCUCUUGGUGUGUGAACUACAUCAGAGCAGGAACCCUCAUUAUGCUGGUGCACGACGCCUCCGACUAUCUGCUGGAGUCAGCCAAAAUGUUUAACUAUGCCGGCUGGAGAAAAGCGUGCAACUACAUAUUCAUCGUAUUUGCUGCCGUCUUCAUCAUCACCAGACUCGUCAUCUUCCCAUUUUGGAUUUUGCAUUGUACCUGGGUGUAUCCGGUGACCGUUUAUCCUCCGUUCUUUGGAUAUUACUUCUUUAACGGGCUGCUGUUUGUGCUGCAAUGUCUGCACAUCUUCUGGGCCGUACUCAUCCUGCGUAUGGCCAUCAAAUUCUUGCCAGGCAAUAAUAUCGUAGAGGACGAGAGGAGUGAUCGAGAAGAAACAGACUCUGAGGAUGACGAGAACGCACUGGAGGGGCGGAAAGCACCAGUGAAAAAUGGACCAGUGCAGAACGGCCACCCUCCUCUAAACAACAACCAUCACCGCAAGACUGAGUGAUACUAGCAGACACGAGAGAGGAGGUACAACACUCCCCUUCCUGUAAACACGGACGAGACCAACAAAGUAAUGCCAAGGUUGUUUGGUGGAUUAAAAAAAAGGCCCAGAGCAAACACACAACACAUGUGUAGAUAUAUAUAUAUAUAUAUAUAUAUAUAUAUAUAUAUAAAAAUACUAAUUUUUGGAAACGGACAUACUUUGAUAAGGAGAAACUACUAUAUAACCUCUUUCCCCUUACAAAGUAUUUAAAACACUAUUAACAGGCACCGUAUCAUUAAAUAACCCUUUUGUUUGUUCAGGGGCUGUUAUAGAUUAUAUCAUGUUAGUGAAUCCAACGUUCACUUGCUUUACUGGAAAUAUCUCUUCCAGUUUAUUACGUUUAGUGCCUUAUUAGUACAAAGUUGUACUGCCGUUGACGCUUUUCAUUUCCUUUUUGGGCAUCACACACAGUUAUCCUCCCUUUAUAUGUCAGUAAUAAGUUUUUGCAUGUUUUGUCUGGUCAGCUGUCAGAUGUCGCAGAAUCCCUCAGUAUUCGAUUUCUGAAGUUGCCAGAAACUGACUGGAAUUUUUCAUUUUUUGUGUCCUAUUUGUUCACUGUAUAAUAACGGUCUCACCAAGUGACCUUCACACACCUGCUUUACUUAGAAAACACACAUGAUCUUCAUCCCAAGUGUGUUUACACUGCUGAGGCUCUUCCUCGCUGAUCUUUUCCCAAUCCAGUUGCACUAAUAAAUGUUACUGACCCAGUUUUUCAACACUACCACCUUAUAGAGACACAAAGACUCUCGCCAUGAUAUCCCGUCCCAAAGACGCUGAAUCAUUGUGCUGCUUUUUGCAUUUAACAUUUUUCUGUUGAGUUAACGAAGCAAAACAAAUGUGUGUGAGAAUCUCGUGUGUGAUAUUUGUGUUGGUCGGUGUGUGUCCUGUAACACAUUUUUGUUCAAAACGCAUUCUUAAAUAUAUUAGUUACACAGUUAUUUUAAAUUGUUGUUUUUUUAGUAUUAUUUACAGUUUUUUGAUUUAAAAUUAUUUUUAUUUAAGGUCCAGAUAUUUUCAGCAAACCUGACAAGCUGAUAAUUUAUGCAGUAUGUGGAAAAUGACUUUGUAAAAAGCAAAAUAACUAAGUACUUGGCAGCAGAACUUGUAGUUAGUUUUUCUCUUCCAUUUAUGUGAUGAUAAAUUACAGUAAUAAUCAGUAUUGAGUGCUGGAUGCACUUUGUAACUCUCCGUCUAAUGCAAAAUGCAUUAUAAUGAUUGUGUUGUUAGCAAACUGUUUGACAUAAUUGAAACUCUGGCUUGCAUUUGUGGUAUUUAUGGGAAAUGGAUUCCAUAGUUUAAAAAAAAAAAGUUGUUAUGGAACUGAUCCAGUAUGUACUGUUUGCCCAGUGUCUGCUGCUUUACACGAGAUCAUGUUAAACCUUAAAGGGACGGUUCACCCAAAAAUGAACCAUGUCAUCAUCACUCACUCUCAUGAUGCUCCAAAACCUGAUUGAGUUUCUUCUGUGGACAACAAAGAAAAAUAUUUUGAAGAAAUCUUCAAAUUGACUUUAAUUGUACAAAACGAAACGGAAUUCUGACUUUUUUUCUGAGUUUAUAAUGCAAUUGCGAGUUAUAAAGUCCACUUUUGAGGGGAAAAAAGACUGAUAUGUUCUUAGAAUUGUGAGUUUAAAUCUCACAAUUCUGAUGUAAUAAUUCCCAUUUGCAUGUUAUAAAGUUAGAAUUGCGCGAUAUGAAUUUGCAAUUAUGAGGAAAAAGUCAGAAUUGUGAGUUUAUAUCAUGCAAUUCAGAAUUGCGACUUUAUUUCUCAGAAUUGCAAGUUUAUGUCAUGCAAUUCUGCAAAAAAGGUCAGAUUUGCGAGUAUAUCUCGCAGUUCUGACUUAAUUUCUCAGACUUGCGAGUUUAUAUCAUGCAAUUCUGACUUUAUAACUCGCAAUUGUGAGUUUAUAUUGUGCAAAUUUUGACUUACUUUCUUAGAAUUGGGAGAUAUAAAUUUGCAAUUAUGAGAAAAAAGUCAGAAUUACGAGUAUAUCUUGCAGUUCUGACUUAAUUUCUCAGAUUUGCCAGUUUAUAUCAUGCAAUUCUGAGAAAAAAAGUCAGAUGUAAGAGAUGUAAACUCGCAGUUGCGAGGGGAAAAAAACAGAAUUGUGAGUUUAUAUCUUGCAAUUUAGAACUGCGACUAUUUAUCAGAAUUACAAGUGUCAUGCAAAAAAAAUAGCAAAUUCUGCAAAAAAAACCCUGUCAGAUUUGCAAGUUUGUUUUUCAGAAUUGCGUGUUUAUAUCAUGCAAUUCAGAAUUGACUUUUUCUCAAAUUUACAAGUUUGUGUUAUGCAGUUCUGCAAAAAAAUUUCAGAUUUUUGAAUUUUUAUCUUGGAAUUCUGACUUUAUAACUCGCAAUUGUGAGUUUAUAUCGUGCGGUUCUGACUUAAUUUCUCAGAAUUGUGAGUUUAUAUCAUGCAAUUCUGCAAAAUUUGCAAGUUUAUAUCUCACAAUUCUGACUUUAUAACUUGCAAUUUUGAGUUUAUAUCGUGCAAUUCUGAGGUAAAACGUUGCAAUUACCUUUUUGAAAUUUUUAUAAAGUGGUAAAAACAGGCUUCCGUAGGUUUGUAAAAACAUGAGGGUGAGUAAAUAAUGACUACAUGUUCAUUUUUGGGUGUACUGUCCCUUUAAGUAUCAUAUUCAACCGUAAGUUUAUCCUUCGACAUGAUCUCUUGUUAUAAUUUAAGCAAUGGGUUUACAAAUUGUGGUCCAGUAUUUAUUUUGUUAAUGAUAGUCAGUGUCAAUACAGGUGCUCAGCGUAUAAUGCAUUUUUCGUAAGUGGAACGGGACAUCUGGUUUGGCUUUACAAAGUUUUUUUUUUUUUUUUUUUUUUUUUUUUUUUAAGUCCAAAUGUUGUCACAAGUGCCUUAUUUGUGAAUGUAUAUUUGUGUGGUUUCCAUGUGUGCUGCUUGUCCUUGUGUUUCUCGCUUCAUCGCCUUUAGUUUUUAAGCUUAGCCAUCCUCUCUCUCUCUCUCUCUCUCUCUCUCUCUCUCUCUCACUCCUUCUCUGUUUACAUCUAUUCAACAUCUCUUCUCGCGGCCCGGUGCCAAGACCAAUCCUUCACCCCUCACCGCGUCCUCUGUCGACUGUGGGUCCACCGCACAAGCAUAAACAAUUUGAGUCCCAACUGCCAGUGUUUUAUGUUGUGUUUUGUAUCAUCAUUAUUCAAUGAUGAAAGAUAAAGAUUGUUGUGGAUGACCGUG